CAACCGCCCCCCAACGGCCGCCAGCGCGAGCGCGCCGCCGCGGCUCCCCCCAAUCCCUCUCCCGCCGCCGCCGCCGUCGUGAGGGGGUGGCUCGCUCGCCGCCUUUCCGCCCACCUCCGAGACAGCUCGGCCGCCGCCGCCAUGCCCGAGCCGCAGGCUCUUCACGGGCCUAGGCGCGGCGGCCCGAGAUAGGGUCCCCUCCGCUGCCGCCCGGGGGAGGAGAGAGGGAGAGCAAGCCAACCGUGCGCUCCGCCCCCUCCCCCUGGGGCUGUCGCUGCCGCCGCCGCCGCCUCCGUCGGGCGGGGAGGAGGAGGAGGAGGAGGAAGGAGGAGGAGGACCAGGCCGCCGGGCCCCAGCACCGUCGUCAUCACCGUCCUCCACAGGACAUUUCUGAUUCAUUUGCGUCACUGAAGAACAUCUGUAGAAGAGGAAGGAAAAGAUGGGUGUGAAAACAUUUACUCAUAGUUCCCCUUCCCACAGCCAGGAGAUGCUUGGAAAGCUAAAUAUGCUUCGAAAUGAUGGACAUUUCUGUGAUAUCACUAUUCGUGUCCAGGACAAAAUCUUUCGGGCACACAAGGUGGUACUGGCAGCUUGCAGUGAUUUCUUUCGCACCAAACUUGUUGGCCAAGCAGAGGAUGACAGCAAGAAUGUAUUGGAUUUGCAUCAUGUGACAGUCACUGGAUUUAUACCCCUUUUGGAGUAUGCUUAUACAGCAACUCUGUCAAUUAACACAGAAAAUAUUAUUGAUGUCCUGGCUGCAGCCAGCUAUAUGCAAAUGUUUAGUGUUGCCAGCACCUGUUCAGAGUUCAUGAAAUCAAGCAUUUUAUGGAAUACACCCAACAACCAACAAGAAAAGGGACUAGAUGCUGGGCAAGAAAACAAUUCUAACUGCAAUUUUACCUCUCGAGAUGGUAGUCUUUCUCCAGUGUCUUCAGAAUGCAGUGUGGUAGAAAGGACCAUUCCUGUCUGCCGAGAGUCCCGGAGAAAACGUAAAAGCUACAUAGUUAUGUCUCCUGAAAGUCCACUUAAGUGUAGCACACAGACAAGUUCUCCCCAAGUGCUAAAUUCUUCAGCUUCCUAUUCAGAGCCUAGAAAUCAACCAGUUGAUUCUUCCUUAGCUUUUCCCUGGACUUUUCCAUUUGGAAUUGAUCGAAGGCUUCAGUCAGAGAAGGUUAAGCAGGUAGAAAAUCCCAGGACUUUAGAACUACCUGGCCCAUCUGAGGCAGCUAGAAGAAUGACUGAUUAUGUGACAUGUGAGAGUACAAAGGCUAAUUUGCCUCUGGUCACUGAAGAGGAUGUACGGGUCAAAGUGGAAAGGUUAAGUGAUGAGGAAGUUCAUGAGGAAGUGUCCCAGCCUGUCAGUGCAUCUCAGAGUUCCUUGAGUGAUCAGCAGACAGUGCCAGGAAGUGAGCAAGUUCAGGAAGAUCUUCUUAUUAGUCCCCAGUCUUCCUCUAUAGGCUCAGUGGAUGAAGGAGUCACUGAAGGACUACCUACACUUCAAAGCACCUCCAGCACUAAUACUCAUGCAGAUGAUGAAGAUCGAUUGGAAAAUGUUCAGUACCCCUACCAACUCUACAUUGCUCCUUCUACCAGCAGCACAGAACGACCAAGUCCAAAUGGUCCAGAUAGGCCUUUUCAGUGUCCAACUUGUGGGGUUCGAUUCACCCGCAUUCAGAACCUUAAGCAGCACAUGCUCAUCCACUCAGGCAUUAAACCAUUUCAGUGUGACCGCUGUGGGAAAAAGUUCACCCGGGCUUACUCGCUAAAGAUGCAUCGCCUAAAGCAUGAAGGUAAACGCUGUUUCCGGUGCCAGAUAUGUAGUGCCACUUUCACUUCCUUCGGGGAAUAUAAACACCACAUGCGGGUUUCCCGGCACAUUAUCCGCAAGCCUCGGAUUUACGAGUGCAAAACUUGUGGCGCCAUGUUCACCAACUCUGGAAAUUUAAUCGUUCACCUGAGGAGUCUGAACCAUGAAGCGUCAGAGCUAGCAAACUACUUCCAGAGCAGUGAUUUCCUAGUACCGGACUACUUAAACCAGGAGCAGGAAGAGACCCUUGUUCAGUAUGAGCUUGGAGAACACAGUUUUGAAAGCAAUUCGUCUGUCCAGAUGCCUGUCAUUUCACAGGUCUCAUCAACUCAGAAUUGUGAAAGCACUUUUCCUUUGGGGUCUCUCGGUGGUCUGACAGAAAAGGAGGAAGAAAUGCCAGAGCAGCCAAAGACCAGUGCCAGUACUGAGACAAUUAGAGAUGACCCCCCAAAAUUGGAGCUGUCUUCUAUUACUAUUGAAUAAUUUAAUGGUUUGGCUUUAUUUUUUUGUUUUUGUUUUUUAGAAAGUGCCUGUGCUUGGUCUUGUACAUUUUUAAAUUUAAUUUUAUAAAGAAGAAAGGUUGCAGUUGGGGGGAAAUCCUUUUUAAAACAGAAAACUGCAACAGAUGUCACAUUUCUCAUGAUAGAUCACUCUAAGACUAAAUGUACAAUAAGAUCAUGUCAUCGUAAUAUAAGCUGUGACACACUUAAGGAAAACUGACUCAGAACACUUACUAAUUUCUUCUUCCACCAUUAGUGUAGGUUGCCUCUUGUCUGCAAGCCAUUGGGUAAAGAAGAAAUCAGAAGACGAUAUGACUAAAAUGCAAAUAUAUACCAGAAAUAAAUUACCGUACAGACCAAUGUCCUAAGUAAAUACUUAUCCCCCUACUUGGGACCUUGAACAAUAUUUUGGAAAGCCUACUGUUUUCUUGAAGUGUUUACAGUAACGUUUUUGUUCUCAAAUUAUUAUGGUAAAUAUUUCUGAAACUUAACUAAAUUGCCUUUUUGAAGCUUUGUCAUUCUUUUUUUUAAUGGUACUCCAUCUUCUAAUGUUUCACCAUUAUAGAAACACUCCUCCAAAUACGUAUUUCUUGCUUAUGUGGAGGUUUGCAAGAAAGCAUGAUUUUUUUUUUUUAAGUCGAGCUGUGCAUUUAGAAAUUAAGAAUAUCGGGAAGGAGAAAAAUAUAUACCCUGUCCUAACAGGAACUAGUCUACACAUCUUCAUGCCAUACUUUUUUGGCUGAAAAUUUGUUUUCCUGAGCUAUGACUGUUGACAUUUGGCUAAGUGGUUUAUUGCCCAAAUACGUUGUCUUCUUCCCCCAUCUUCAGUUGUAUUUUUCAAAUCCUGGCCCAGUAGCAAAUUUACUGAAGGAAAAAUAUUGGAGUCUUUUAUGUUUAUACAUAUGUAUGUGUACUGUUGGGGAUUUUUAUUAUUCUAUUUGGGAUAAAACAAGUAAUUCUCUGUAGAGCCCAGCAGGGGGUUGUUUACAAAAUGUCUAUAUGACAGUGAUGAAUUGUCCUUUUCCCAAAACAUUUUAAACUAUUGCCAAGUAUAUUAAAAGCAGCAGUUACUAGAAUUUAUAGAAACAGUUAAAGAAAUAGAGAAAGAGUUUGUGGUUCCACUUUCUCCGCUUUAGAAAAGGCUCAGUUGGAACUGGUCGUCUUACAUACAUGAAGGUAUCUGAAACAGAUCUGACAAGUAUCAUUAGGGAUUAACAGUAACAUUAGAGCCAUAAUAGAUUAGUGGGUAUUCCUCAUGUCACUAAUGGUGUUCAACUCCCUGAGUCAUAGCUGAAGCUUCUGUGAUGCUAGUGAUUAUGUUCUUUAGCACAUCUAGUGCUAUUAAAGCAUCACAGAUCUUGAGCCUCCGAAGAAAAUAUAUGUUGAUUCCAAGAGUUACAAAAUUUGAAGUAAUUCUGUAUUUCUCCAUGUGCCCAUGAUAAAUUUAUAAAAUCACUUGGACACAAUAUGAAAAGGAAAUCCAAAAAUAAUACUCUGAUUAAAACAUGAAAUAUCUAAAUUGCUGUCAGGUGCUGGGCAGUAAUUGUAGAAUUGUUUUUAAAGGAAAUGUGCUAAUUUCAUUGGACUAGUUACCUUUUCAAAAACUGACUAAUUCAGUGUCUAAAUUUAAUCAAAUUUUGGGUUUCUCUUUCAUGGCUUUUUAUGAAGGUAGAAAUGCUAUAAGUUAAAUUAUAAAUUAUAUUCCUUUAUAACAGUCAGAACUUAAAUAAUUUGUUCUGAAGGAUAUUAACAUCAAAUAUUUCCAUAUUUUUACAAAUACAGGCAAAAUUAACUCAUACAGAUUUUUCUUAGAAUAAAGAUACUUGCUCAAGCUUCAAAGUGUUCUUAACUAAUCUUCCAAUCUUGCUUCCAUCUCCCUAUGUUACCUCCAUGAAACUGUUGUUUCUAAUUUUGUUCCCAAAUAAAGGACUUACCUGUUUACUUUUUAGGAAGAUAAGUAAAUAGUAUUCCACCAGUCACACUUCUUUGCUGACUGGGUUGACUUACUUUUUGCAAAAGUUUGUGAUCUUUUUGAAACAACGCUGCAUCCAUACUAAAGAAAAUAGGCUUUUAAACUUAUUUUAAUGUACUUUGUUUCCUAAUAAAUGAAACUUUAUAAAGUUUAUUUUUAAGUCAAAGGCAAGAAGGGAACCUUUCUGUACCCCCUCCCCCCCCAAAAAAUCAAGGAGUUAAGAUUGUUCCCAUUUCUUUGGAUGGGAAAAAUGUGAAGUAUCCAUAGAGAAUAUGAAGCAUUCUUUUCUACCUUCUUUUUGCCAUUUUAGUAUCUCUUCCCUUUUAAUUAAUGUGUAUCCAUAGCUACAGAGGGAGAAGAGUUGUGUUCAGGGUAAAAGGAAGAAAGAAGUAGAAUUAAAUAGUUCUAUCCAAGCUCCUAUACUCCCAUCCCAUCCCAUCCUGAGAAUCAAAGAAUAAGGUAGUUGCUCUCAAGGCUGGCUGGCUAUAUUCUGAAUGUGAGAUAAGCAACACUGGAUACUCUACAAAUGGACGUUUCAGAUUUCCAAGUUUGUAUAAGUUUGUAACAGCCUCUAGAGCUUCCCUAAUUCCUUACUGUUUCAUUCUCACCACCACCACCCCCUAUCAACUUAUGCUGGGUGUUUUGCAAAUUUUUCAUAUGAGAACAUUUAAAUUAAAUCCUUGGUUUGUUUUCAAGGGGAGAGGUAGGUAGAUUAUUUCACUGAAAUACAUUUGGUACAAGGAUAUUUGGCUUAUCAGGUCUGUUUUUAGGAAGUAAAGCUAUAGAAUUAUAGCAGGUAGUAUUUAAUUAUGUCUAUUUCUGAUUCCUCAAAAAAAGGCUUGAAAACAAUUUUUACCAUUAUUAAUUUGUAGGAAAGCAUACAAAGAGGUGAAAAUACCAGUGCUUAUUUUGUUUCUUCCCAGAAAUUACCACACAAUACCUAAGCACUGGAAUGUUUUCACCUAGGUUAUUUAAAAUAGCUAUCUUUUUUAUGUUCCCAAAAACAUAGUGUUAUGUUUUAAAGGGCUUAAAGUUUUAGGAUGUAUCAUAAACUGCCUUUUUUUAAACUAAGGGUUUUAUAUAAGAAAAGCCUUUAUUUUCAAUCUUUUAACUUCUAAAUAAGUCUAAUGUAAUUUAGAAAUGAGCAAUGGCGCUCAUAACUAACCCUUUGAUGCCAGGUGUCAUAUCUAUAUUAGCUCAUUCUACCUUCAGUCUGUUCUUUCCAUUAGCAAUGGUCAAAGUUCACUUUAUACCAUUAUGAAAAUAUGUAUUGUUCAGCCCUAGUCUAUAAAAAGCUUUACAGCCAUUUUAACAUCAGCAGUGUUGUUCUUUGUAGUAUUUAUUUAAGUUGUAAAUCUAUGUAGGAAAGGGGGACAUAUCUAAACCUGGAAGGGGGAGAGGGGCAGGAAGAAUUGUAUUUUGUUUUUUAAAAAAAAUUAAUGAGUUGUUGGAUUGCUCUUAAUUUGAAUUUUAAAUAAUAAGAUGUGUAUUUAAUCACUUCAGUUUUUAAAGUUCUCAAGUGCAAGUUGACUUAAGGGGGUGAAAUGUUUGAGUAGUUAACCAAAGUUUAUUCAUUCAGUCUUACUCUUUAUUAUACAAAAAUAUUUCAAGUUCUGUUCUGGUUUACAGUAAACAUAGUUCUUUGUGUGUCCUUUAGUUCUUUAAAACAAAGGAAAACCUCCUAUCUUGCUAAAAUUUUUUCAAUAGGCUAGAUCUAUUAGAAUGUUUAGCAAACUGUUAUUUGCUCCACUAAAUUAAACCUCCUUAGCCAAAUUCUUGUAGUAUAUACAUUCUUGACUUAAGAGGAGCUUCUUAGAAACUAAUUUAGCUUUUUCAUUCUGCUAGGGUUAAAUUAUUUCUUUGCUCCACUAAGAUUUUAUUGGCCUAAGUUAGUGCAGUAACCAAAGCUCUAAAAGGAUCUUGUUUACUGUUUCUGUUUUGAAGAUUCUUUUAUAAUGCUUUGGUCUUUGUAAUUUAUCAUAACUAGCCCCCUCCCCAAAGUAUUUACCAUUUACAAGAUAAUGCAGUAGCCAUUCUGCAGUUGUAGCAUAUAAAGAAGUUUAUCUUAAACUGAAGAGUUUUAUGGUUUAGCUGAGGAAUUUAGGAACUGGUUUAAAAUAAGCUUAUUGAUGUCUCUGUCUUGCUUUCAAAGACUACCUCAUGUGAGUGUAGUUAAAUAAUAUUUCAAAUAACAUGGAUUUGAAAGAGUAUUACAAAUAUAAAAUAGAUAUUUUAAAGGAAGAAAUUAUCAAAAUGACUUCUUUCCAUUUAUGAUUAUCGACUUAAGAUGCUCAAAUACUAACUUUAGAUUUUGAAAGUUGGUUUGAGAGAAUAAGAAGAAAUCUCGUAUUUCCUUAGGAAUCUUCCAAUUAGAAUUAGCCUGUAAUUUUAGUAGGCAGUAAUGAUUCACGGUAAAACAAAUUACUCUGAACUGACUGUUCAUUAGACCAAUGUCAGAACCAUUGAACAUUGAAGUAUCUCUGGCAGUUGAAAGUAUCAUUUUACAUUCAAUACGACUGAGGCCCUAAGUUACUUGAACCUAUAGCAGUUUGUGGGAGAAUUAUUGAUAGUUGUCUUAUUUUCUUUUUCAGAAGAAAACUUUGUACCUUCAACCUACCGGUUCCUUUUUACACUUGAACCUAGUCUCUACAGUUUUCUAUUUUGUAAUAAACUGAUGCUCUUAAACACAUUUAUUACAUCAUAGCAAAUACAAUUUUUGUGGUAGAAAAAAAGUACAAAAGGAUUGAGUUUGUGAAAGUGAGAUUGUUAAAACAGAAAAACUUUUACCAAUUCUGAGAUAUUUCCAUGUUUGUAUAAAUAGUAAUAUAUUCAUAGCCCCCAUCCAUAUAAUGUUGCUGAGUUACAUAAUUUGAGAUUGUCAUAACAAAGUUUAUUUUCAUGCCUCAGUAACUGAGCUCCUCUUUAUAGGUUCCAAGUAGGAUCUACUUUAUACCAAAUUUCACUCUAUAGCAAAUACUGUUAUAGUGAAGUUCUAGUGUUCAUAAUAAUAGUUUAUAGAGAGCUUAGGAUUUCAGAUGGCUGAUUGAAAAUGUAAUUUUUUUAUUCAUACUUUUGAAAAAUACUUUUUUAGUCAUUUAAUUUUGAAGUGCCUGAUUUAAAACAAAUUGUUCAGUUCUAGCUCUCUUUUAAAUUAUCUUCAUUUAUUGCUUAGGCCUCAGUCUGGAUUUUAACUAUGAUCUUUUGACAUACUUCUGUUCCUUCAAAUUUAGUUUUGUGAUUCUUAAAAUUCCUUGGUUCUACACACACACACACUCUCUCUCUCUCUCUCUUUUUUAAUAAAUUUCUAACCACAGCUGAAUUUGAUGAUGCAAUUUAAGGAAACCCUUUCCUUUCAUGCUUCAGUAUCUGAAUAAUUUAAAAAUCAGUUUCUGGACAAGUUAAAAAAUCUCAUUGGUGGAUGCUCACAUACCAAAGUACAUCUGCUGGGGGAGAAAUAGUUCUUCUGCCUUGCUUUGGGGGAACAUUAAUUACCUCCCUCUUGAUGUACAUUAAGUUCCAGUUAGCAUUAGUAGAAACUAUGUUCAUUUUAGAAGUCUGUCUCUAGGCCUCUAGGAGCAGAUACUUAUAGUAAAAAUCUGUUAUAAAUGUUGUGUUUCCUUAGGUGGCUUAUUCUGAUUAUCAAUUUAAUUCUCAUGUUGACAAAUGCUAUCUUAAAAGUCUCUCAUACUGAGAGAAUAGCAAAGUUUUGAAAAUUGCACUGCUUUUCAACUUUCAGGUGCCUGAUAUGAAUGAUUCACAUCAGGUAUUUGGAAGAAUGACCACGAACUUUGUUCAUUUUCUUUCCUAACAAGUAAUGGCUUCCAAUGCUUAUAAGAGAUUUUAAAACAUUGUUUUAAACUUUAAAAGAAAAAAACUUCUUUGGUCCCCCAAAACUUGGUUUUGGAUUUAAGUUUCCAAGACUAUUUAAUUUCUUUGGUUUCUGGUGCCUCGUGGUGCAUCAGAUAUUGCCUGCCUCUUUUUAGGGCAUCUUUGUGGCACCUUAUAUCCAACUUGGAAGAUAGUAUAUGUCUCAAUUGCACAUAUAUCAUCUUUUCAAAAGCCAUUUUAUAAAAGUCCUAGUAUUUUAAUAUUUAAAUAUAUAUAUUUGUGAAAGAUACUUUUAGAAUGGACCCCUUUUUUUUAACAUUUAAAAUUCUCAUUUUUUUAGAAUCAAACUUUCCAAGACUUCCUAAUUGUCUUUCUCUAUAGCAACAUAAAAAGAUAGUCAAAUUGAUGUCAAAGGCCAUAACCUGACUAUCAUAGAAGAAAUUGGUGGUGGUUAAUGCAAAACAUUAUGAAAAGCAAUGACCCUUAAAGAGACACAAGAAGGAAACGAUUCAUGAUUUUGAUGCAAAAGAACUAGAUUUUUAUAUAAAACUGUGCUGCUUUUUUUUUUUAAUGAUUUCAUAUUUGCUGCCAUAGUAGCUCAGUGUUUUACAAAGCUAAUAAGGUCUGGCCCCACCAAAAAAAAAAAAAAAAGAUGAAAACUAUACCCCACUGUCUUCCAGAUGGGUGGCUAUUUUGUUUAACCUGAUGCAUGCUUUAAUAUUUUGCCUAUAUCCCUGGCAACAAGGAAAUUUGGGGUUGGUUUUCUUAACCCUGCCAUUUUAUGACUUUCUGGGUACUGGCAGUUUGUGAAACCCCUUGAGAUAGCAUAUUGCUGGAGUAAAAAUGUGAAUUAAAUUAUGUGGGUGGGUGGUGGUGUUGGUGUGUAUUCUCCCACUCCUACCCUCUCCCCUUGCUCCUAGCAACAGUAAAUAGUAACUGUGCCAGUCCCCAAUCACCAGCUCUAUAUCCAGUUGUCAUCUCAUUCAAAUAUAGCUUCUUUUUGGUGACAGUGGCCACAGCUAAGUUACUUGGCAUGUUUGACUUUCAACAACAGAAAUGGUUUUUGUUUUGCUUUUGUUUCUUUAAUGUGUACAAUGUUUAAAAAUUCACAUUUUAUAUACUUGUAUCUGGCUAUUAGUAUUUUUCAGGAACCAUAGUUCUUGGUGGCUAUAUAUGUGUAUAUAUACAUAUAUAUAUAUAUAUUUUUGUGACUUUUUUUGUAAACUAAGUGCCGUUUGAACGUUACAAUCAUUUUUAGAGUUAUUGUAAUCAAUGUGAAUAUCAUGUUUUUUCAAAUCUGUUCUGAGCCUGUAGUGUUUGCUUUGUGAUCCUACGUGUACUGUAUAUAUUCUGUAUAGUAAUACUGUACCGAAAUACUAGCUUGUUUGAUAUAAGGAGAGUUAUGUAUUGAGUACUUUUUUGCUAGCCUGGUUGUUUAAUCUUAAAAAAAAAAGUUUUAAAAUACAAAAAGAAAAAAAUUUCUCCAAACUGGUCCUUAUUGAGGUCCAAAAUUGAGGUGCAGUUGGGCAGAAAGGGCAGGGAAACACUAGUUUUGAGUGUCUUUGGAUAGAAACAUGAGGCUAAGAUUUUUUCAUUAAAAUAUAUUAUUGUUUAUGGAGUAAAA